CACAACCACAGCUGCAUGUAUGAUGGAUCUUCGAAGAUAUCCUCUGGAUGAGCAAAACUGUACCCUGGAGAUUGAAAGUUAUGGCUAUACCACUGAUGACAUUGAGUUUUACUGGAAUGGAGGAGAGGGAGCAGUAACUGGUGUUAAUAAAAUUGAGCUCCCUCAGUUUUCAAUUGUUGACUACAAGAUGGUGUCCAAGAAAGUGGAGUUCACAACAGGGGCAUAUCCACGACUGUCACUAAGUUUUCGUCUAAAGAGAAACAUUGGUUACUUCAUCUUGCAAACCUACAUGCCUUCUACACUGAUUACAAUUCUGUCCUGGGUGUCUUUUUGGAUCAAUUAUGAUGCAUCUGCAGCCAGAGUCGCACUGGGAAUCACCACGGUGCUGACAAUGACAACCAUCAGCACUCACCUCAGGGAGACCCUGCCAAAGAUCCCUUAUGUCAAAGCGAUUGAUAUUUAUCUCAUGGGAUGCUUUGUGUUUGUGUUCCUGGCUCUGCUGGAAUAUGCCUUUGUAAAUUACAUCUUCUUUGGGAAAGGCCCUCAGAAAAAGGGAGCUAGCAAACAAGACCAGAGCGCCAAUGAGAAAAACAAACUGGAGAUGAAUAAGGUCCAGGUCGACGCCCACGGCAACAUCCUCCUCAGCACGCUGGAAAUCAGGAACGAGACCAGCGGCUCGGAAGUGCUCACGAGCGUGAGCGACCCCAAGGCCACCAUGUACUCGUACGACAGCGCCAGCAUCCAGUACCGCAAGCCGCUGAGCAGCCGCGAGGCGUACGGGCGCGCCCUGGACCGGCACGGGGUGCCCGGCAAGGGCCGCAUCCGCAGGCGCGCCUCCCAGCUCAAAGUCAAAAUCCCCGACCUGACGGACGUCAACUCCAUAGACAAGUGGUCCCGAAUGUUUUUCCCCAUCACCUUUUCUCUUUUUAACGUCGUUUAUUGGCUUUACUAUGUACACUAAGGUCUGUCCUCGCGGCUCGAUUUCGACUACUUUCCUCUUGUUUUUUAACCCCACAGGUCCCCAACAGCGAAACUGCUGUGUUUUUUGAGGUUAAGAGAUUCAGCCAUGCAAUUGGUUUUAGGUCUUGCAUAUCAAUUUUAUUACUGCACCAUGUUUACUUCAAAAGAAAAAGAAAAAAAAAAAACUAUUUUUUUCCAGUUUACUGUGGUCCAGGUUAUCAGCUCUUUAAGAGCUCUAUCAAUUGCCAUGUUUACAAACAAAUAAAACACAGAGAAGUUAGAUAUACAGUUCUUUAGUAGUAUUUUCCUAGUUGCCCUGGAUUUUAUUGAUUUAUUUUUUAAAUGAAAAUGAAAAGAGGACCUCACUGUCCGCCUGCACAGCUUCCUGGUAAACUGUAACAAUCUCAUGCUGCCAAAAAAAAUAUAUAAAACACCAUAAUUUCCAGGAUCUCAGAAGA